AUGCACCGCACUGCACCACACUGGCUGGCACUGAACAACAUGACUGUGCUAUUCUCUAUUCUAAAUUAAAAUAAAGUACUGAGCAAGAAUGGCCCAAGUGCUACAAUGUUUUGGAUGUGGGGAUGAGCUAUCAAGGCCUGGUGACAGGAGAGCUCUUAAUGUUCCAGCUGGAAAGGAAGUGUUGGACAUGUGGACAUGCAAUGCUACUGGAGAAUGAGGAAGAACAGAUGUGUGCUGAUGUCGACAUUAACAGUAUUGUAAAUGGCAGUGAUAAAAACAGAUUGCCCAAAAUGUGCAGGAAAUGUUUCGGUAUAGAUAUAGCAGCUUUCUUGAAGCACAGGUAAUUAUUCGAAAAAACCUACUGAAAGCUGCUGAAUCUCUGAGAUUAUAUUCAAGCUCUCCAGUUGAACUUCUACCUCCAGCUACCAAAAGUGCAAAACUUUGGAGAAGGCAUUCUUCCGAUGGCGGAUCCCAGUCAACAUAGUCUCCUGAAGUUUCGAUUCGCGUUGCUUACAAGAACCCCAAGACAUACCUACUUACUCCCAAAAAAAAACACAUUGGAAAAUCUGUGGCUCGUAAGAGCAAUGAAGUGACCAAGAAGUACAUACUGAAGAUGAUUGGGAAACAACUGGCGAAAGAAAUACAGGUCAUGUGCUCUGAGGAAGUGAAUUCAGUAAUGAAAAGCCAAGAUCCUGAGGUGCUGAAACAGUUCAGUUGGGAUACACUAUUGUCUGAACUCUCCAAGUUUGCACCUAUUCUCAAAGGUCUUCUAUUGUCAGCAACUAAGACCCGAGCUCCUCGAGCCAACAUCGAUGCCAUUGUUGGAACAUGUGCAGCAAUCCUUUUGAGCAACCGUGAACCUAAGAUGAAUUUGGUCCAAAAGAUGAACUCGUUGGUACUCUAUGCUGCUCACACAUCUAAGCAAGCAUACCAACGUCUCCAGAUGUUGAACAUCACUGUUUCUCAUAAAUCUCUGAUCCGAUUGCUGGACAACAUUGGCAAAGACUAUGAUACAGAAGUCAAAGUAUGGAGGGACCGCAUUCUCUUAACAUUGGAUGAUGACAAUGACAUGGAAACUGUCAGAGCUUCAUGGUUCCCAUCUCCUGAGAGUAGCCAAGAUGUGCAUGACUUGGACCCAAAUAGCAACUCUGACUCUGACUCUGACUCUUCCUGGAUUAGCUUAUUGCCCAUCACCUCGGAGGAUGAGUCUGAUGAAAACCACUCGUCUUCAGAAGAUAUUACAACUAAUCAAGAGUCUAGUAGCAGUGAAGAUGAGCAAUUACCGUUCCAUCCCCCUGGUAGACAGUCAUUGUCUCAGCCUCGUGCCGGACAGUCAUCCUCUAGUGCAAGAGCUCAAACAGGGUCUCCAUUGGUUACGUUUCAGUUGUGUGGUGACAACAUUGAUAAGACCAUCAACCAAAGAUACAUGAGAACCGAUCACGCAAGGCCUGACUCUAUCCACUACUUCCACUACUAUGCUGUCGCUGAUCGGAUAGACUUUAGUGGGCUCAGUGACCAGGUUAUUCCAACCCUACAGCAAGAUUCUGCCAAGAUUGCUGUGUCACUACUACCAACCGAUGAGGAUGACUUAGCAAUACGGGACAACAUUUGUGUUCUCUUGUCAAGAAUUCUCUAUGAGAAUAUGGAGUUCUUCAAAGUAUCUUUUGAUGGUGUGAUCAACUGGCAUAUUAAACAUGAGUUCUCAGAUGAAAUGUCUACUAAGUUAAGUAAAUAGGUAGUCUCGUUCCCAGGCUGAUUUUUGUUUAGGGGUUGUUGUUUUUACUUACACUCUUUUUCUCUUCUUCCUGCAUGCACAUAUGGAUCAGCACCCAUUGGGAAUUGUGGCUAAAGACGAGAACAAAACGGAGGGCAUGGUUAGUAUUAUGCAAGAAGCCCAAAAGUAUGUGCCGAUGGUUGAGACUACCCACAACACAUAUGUGUCUGCUGUUGACAAGACUGUGGAGGUAGUGAAAGCUCGGACACAUCUCAUCCAGUUUUCUGGAGACCAAAAGACUGCUGCAAGAGCGAGAGGGGCCCAAAAAGCUAAAGUGAAUGCUCUGACACCCUCAGAACGACUCAUAGGAUUGAUUCCGGUUGUGGCUGAUUGGCACACUAAAGUGAAACUUCUGGAUAUAAGCAAUCAUGUUGUCUGGAAGUAUUUCUACUCGCAUAGGUCAGCUGCAUCAUGGCACUAUGUAUCAACUCCGAAAUAAGCUGAAUCGUACAAAUGUUGUAAACACACCCAAAAAGGAUGUGAAUGCUUGCGAAGAUUUUAUAGAAACACUCACCUGUGGUCAGGUUGUUACUGCCACUAUUUCCAUUUUGCAACUUAAAUCAGCUAAUGACCACCCGUCGGAAGCUGUCUUGCCUGGAGUAGCAAAUGUGUGGUCCUUGCCUUCUGACGAAAGAAAGAAAUGUCUGAAGACUUUAUGUACCAGCAUAUAUGACAAGUUUAUAAAGUUCAGCUACAACUCUUGUAUAGUAGUGUUGCAAUAGGAGGCGACAAAUUGUGUGAGUAUUCAGUGCAACUCCUACGUCUUGGAUGCUUUUAUAUGGAAUUCGCAGAUGCAAUUCGCGAGGGUGAUGGUCGACGCGUAUUAAGAUGUUGGAAGUACAUGGUGCCUAUUUUCUCAGCAUCAGGGAACACAAACUAUGCCUGUGAAGCUGCUAAUCUGCUCAUUCAACACAAUUAUUCCCUUUCUCCUCGAAUGGCUGCUCAGCUUUCUUGUAGCCGUUUUGUUAAUGUCCAUGGACGACCGGGCAAGAACAUUCCAGUGGAUCUCCAUAUGGAACAUUUGAACAAGAUAGCGAAAGGUGCCAUCAGGCUAAGUGGGUCUAACUAGCCUCGAUCCCAGGCCGAGUUUUCGCUUUUAUAACGGUUAGGCGAACAACUAGUUGUUUGCCUAAC